GGAAAAAACGCGUUUGGUCCUCAGUGUGCUGCAGGAUGAUUCAUUUAAACCGGUUCCAGCUGAUACAAACUGGACUUCAAAGACCUGCAACGACCUGCUGAGGAGAUCCAAACAAUCAGAUCUAGUCACUCAAUUUAUGUGAAUGAAGUAAACCAUGUCGGACAUAACGAUCAACACCACGUGCUCCUCCGAUGACACCUUGGUGAGAAGAGUUCCGACAGGAAACCGAAAGAGGAAAAACAAAUGGUUCCUCAAAAAGAUGCGGAAUUUGGAGAGGAAGGGCUACCUGGAGGACCAACACCAGUACAACCACCAAGCAGGAGAGCCCACGCACCACCAGACUCCACGCCAGAACGGAGGGUUCACCAAACAUCCAUCGCUUCCUGCUUCCAUGCAAAAUAAAAGGUUACCUCAUGCAAACACAGCAGCAGCAGCAUCAGUCGGAGCGUCUCACUGUAGCUCCAAGCCUUCAGCGUCCACACACAGCCUGCCUCCCCUGACUGUCACUGUGACCAACCAAGGCGGCAACGGAAAGCUAAACGGACCCGAGAGUGCACGAUCAAUAACCAACUCCCCCAGCACCUCAGUAGCAAGCUGCCAUAAACCCGCCGCUAGCGGCAGCCAAUCAUCAUCAGGCCUCCCCACCAAGUAUGUGGCAGUGGACUGUGAGAUGGUGGGCACAGGUCCUAAAGGCCGUAACAGCCAGCUGGCACGCUGCAGUAUCGUGUCCUAUGAGGGAGACGUGGUUUACGAUAAAUUCAUCAACCCCUCCGUGCCUGUCACCGACUAUCGCACGCGCUGGAGCGGCAUCCGGCGCAGAGACCUGGAGAAGGCGACGCCGUACGCAGAGGCCAGGAAGGAGAUCCUGAAGCUGCUCAUGGGGAAGGUGGUGAUCGGUCACGCCAUCCACAACGACUUCAAGGUGCUCGGUUACUCUCACCCGGCCGUCUUAACCAGAGACACGUCUCGGAUCCCGCUGCUCAACCGGAGAGCCGGCUUCGCUGAGAACGAGUGUGCGUCGCUGAAGAGACUCACCAAGGCCAUUUUUAACCGUGACAUCCAGACCGGGAGGAAGGGCCACUCUUCUGUGGAGGACGCCAAAGCCACCAUGGAGCUGUACAGAGUGGUGGAGGCGGAGUGGGAGAGGACGCUGGCCUCUAAGUCACAGGCCAGUUAGUGCCGGAGAUUUGGAAAUAAACAGGUUUUUAUACAUGGACACUUGGUGUGGCAGGUAUGUGGUUUGGACUGCCCAGUUUUUAAGGGUCCAACCCUCCUUUUAUUUUCUUCUUUUUUUUUAAAAUUUCCUCUUGAUAUGUGAAUGAAGAUACCUGCUACCAGCUCCCUGCAUUAAUACUGAAGAAGAAGAACACAGAUCCAUUGGUGCAGUUUUCAUUCAUUCUCAGGGUUUGUGUGUUAUAUGGUGCUGCUGCCACUAGGGGGCAGUCAUGUCCUCAUUCCAGCAACACAUCUCCUGUAAUCUCACACACACACACACAGGAAAUAAACAGAGAGAGAAGUGUUGUUGAUCAGAGGUGUAUUUUUCAUUUAUUUGCAAUUUUAAUGAUAAAAAAAAUGUUUAAAAGUUUUAAAAAGUCUGACCAAAUUUCAAGGAACUCAGUCAUGUGUCAGUGUGUUCGG